AUGGCGUCCAUGAAAACAUCCCCCGGUUUGGUCAAUUUCUUUAUUUACAACUCCACUUUUGCGCCAAAAGAAGGAAUGGUAUGUUAUUUGAUUUUUAACCUAGUUUCUCGCUGUACAUAUAACUUACUGCGAAAUCAGGAGUUUUAAACACUGUUAUUGUGUCAUGUCUUUUGACUUGAGGCUUUCAAAUUAACCAGUGAUAAUUAAAAAUCAAUUGCCUAGAAAAGAAAGUUAUCCUUUAAAGAUCACACCAGGAGUAUCCUUUUUGCAAAAAAUGUCCCUGAAUUUCUCUUACUGUAGAAAAAUACUGUAUCGCACAUGCAUUGCCUUCAUGCAGGCAACCCCUCCACUACCCUUUGUUACAAAGGAAAUGGGAGACAUCAACACAGGCUAUAUUGUGCAGCCUAUAAGUAGUGGUAUUCGCCUAGGUAAUUCAUGCCACGGUAUCCUGCCAAAGAUUAGAGGCUUUUAACUUUGGAAAUAGCUUUCUCAACAAUUUUGUGCAAACGCCACCCUUAACUCAAUCUUUGUUCUCAUCCUCACCCCGACUCUUACCCUCACCCCCACCCUCACCCUUACCCUCGCCUUCACCCUGUGCUUUUGCUCCAGUGUCAUUUUUUUCUGACAUUACUAAAUUUCCUGUUACAAAGUUAUAUACAUAACCAUAUAUUUUAUGGCACAGUUUCCUAAAAAAGGGUCAUGCUUAUUGUUUUUUCUAUGUCAGGAAAAGGAAAAGAUUGUCCUCUAUAUUCCACCUGGAGAGAACAUUGACAGGAAGAUUAAAAAUAUAGGACUCUGUGAAGCAUUGGUCAAAUUUACACAGUAAGAUUGAAUGCUGUUUUGCAUGCCACAUUUUAUCCGACUUAUUGUUGUCAAUAAUUUAAUUGCUGCUAUAUUUCUUUGAUUCUUUUUUAUUGCAUAGUAAACAGCGAAAAGCGUUUUUAUGAAAUCAUAUGUGGUCCUUCAGUUGAUUUACAAUAAUGCAUAACAUCUUCUAGCCUGUGAAAGCAGACGUAUUUCCUGUUGUUGCUUCUGUUCACCCGAUAAAGUUACUUUUUGGGAGGAGAGAAGCGAUGUCCAGAAAUACUUCUGUAUUCGCAGGCAUAACAUCUUCAUUUUACCGUAGAACAUUCUCACCAGACAAGCCUUGCAGCUCCCUUCACACUCAGAAAACAAGGCAGGUCUUUUUUGAAGCAGAACCAGAUUUCUGGAUGAUCAUGGUAAGCAGCUGAAUAUCUUGUUAGGUCAACCUGUUUUCAGCAGUCAGGCACCACUAAAAAAUGGCAAAACAUUUAAAUAAAAAAUAGAGAUGUUGCUUGGAAAAAUAUCGUUCACACACCUCGAGAGGUUUUUAGGUCAUCUUGUGCCAAAAGUACAGAAACUGCCACAGCAAUGAAUACAAGUGCUGUAAAAUCGUAAAAUACCAACAGGGAGGUGGUUUUUCCCGAAAACAUGAAAAAAUAAUGUUUUGAAAUUUAAACUAGGGAUAUACGCUACCCCCACCUCCCUUCCAACCAAAAAGGUCUCUCUAAUUCCUACUUUUCACACACUGGAUUUAACUUGCAGGUGAUUGGUACAGGUGCUGCUGCAACUGAAGGUUUUGCAAUAGGGUUAGGGUCAAAAUAAUUAUAAUAGGAUCUUUAUAAACCACCCUUGACCAUAACCAAAUGUAUGAUCACUGCAAUUGCUGAAAUAAUCCAAUGACAAUAAUGCAAUAAAAUGGGUGGAUUUGCAAUCUCUGCAUGGUGACAUUUUUUGUUGUCUAAAACUAAUUUUAUCUUUAUAGACAGUCAGCAUUCCUUUCAGUGAAAAAAUAGCAAAGGAUGGGAAGAUGGUGAUUGAAUAUCAUGAUGAAGAUGUCUUGGUCAGUAGACGUGGCCCUUAGUAAAUCCCAAAUAAAAAAUGUGUCCCCUGGAACGCAUUGUGCUGCAUUCAUUAAUUUAUACAAGCAUAUAUUUUUUUUUGUUUGUAUGAAGAAUUUCUUAUAGUGUUGAAGGCUUUGGAGUUUCCAAAAUGUAAUGUGAUACUUUUAUAUGGUAAUUGAAUUGUUUACUUAACAUUAAUUAAUUAAUGAUAACGUGUUACAGUGAUUAAAUAUAAGCUACUUCAUUUAUAUAAAUUAAUAUUGAUAUUUCCUUGCAGGAUUCCGUUCUUGAUGCAGUAUUAAAGCAAGCUUACAAAAUGUUCAAGGUAUGCUUAGCUUUUAAUUCCCUAUAUAUAAUGUACAUAUCAGUGCCAGAUCCAGACCUUGAAAUGAUGGGGGGGCCCAGUCAUCCUGACCCUUAGUUAAGGGAGGGGGUGGGAAUGUAUAUAUGUUGUUUCUUAACAAUUGUAAUUUGUCAUGAAAUUGAAAAGAAAACAACUUGUGUAAAAUGUCAUCGAUAAAAUAAUUUUUGUUUUCUUCUCAGCUCUUUAAUGGUACAUUUGCCUAUAUUAUAAAAACCCACAACCUUGAAGCACUUUGCAAAAGAUUGGAGCAUUUCUACACAUCAGUAAGUUUUGUUUUUGACCUAUUUUUAACUGCUAUGUUUUAAUUAAUAUGGUGAGAUUAAUAUUUUGUUAUUCCAACUUUUAAACCUGUGGAUGAAAUCCUAUCUAUUUAAAUAUAAUUGCUUAAGAUUUUUCAAAAAAGAAAACCUGGACACUAUUAGCUAGAAAUAAACUGGAUUUUUGAUAAACUAAUUUAUUAUUAAUACAAUUUUUUUGCUUUAUAUACAAACAAUGUACUAUCCACAGUUAAAAUUCUCUGUAUUCUUCUCUAUUCGUUCAUGUAAAUGAAUUUUAGCUGAACUAACAAUAAGAUAACAAGAUAGAGACUUGAGAUUGAGGACUUAAAUUUUUAGACUCAAAAGUGAUGUGUGAGUGAAAAUGAAAUAAUAAUUAUAAUUAUUAUGUCGCAUUUUGCAAUUUUGAAAAAUUCUUUUAUUUUCAGUACUUACAGACUCUAAACUUUUCCCAGUUUGAUCUCCUGGAUGUUUUUUCAGGUACUUACAGUUGUUAGCUAUUCACCUUUAAAUCAUUGAUAUGAAUUAGCUGCCGUGGGGCUCGGAAAAAAAGUCCUGUCCACUAGUUUGGGACAAGCAGAUUUUCUUGCUGGGCAAGUAACUAUUAAAGAUUACUUACCCAAUGGGCAAAGGUCCAUGCACUUGAUCCUCUAACCAAAUCAUUAGCAACGACAAGCACAAGUGGCCCUGGGCAAACAAAAUGUGAGAGCAGCUUGCCCAAAUGACCAGUUGGUAACUUACAUCAUUUUUUUUCUUCAAGCCCUGUAACAAUGUACUCAAAUGCCUGUAUUGCCGUGUACUGUCCACUCUAUAAUCCCCAGGUGUGGCUCGUAGAAUUCUAAAAAUAUAAUUUUUAUUUUCUUUUUGAUUAAAUGAAUAUGUCAUUUUUUUCCCACAGGAAUAAAUUUUCUUCCAGUGGACAAAAAUACCUUUCUAAGGAUCCAGUCUUUCAUAAAUGUGAUUGAGCAUUCAUUCAGGUAAAAACUGGCCUUAAAAUAAUGUCUAUUACAGUGGAACCCUGUUCUAUGGACACCCAUUUAAUACAGGCACCCAAAUAUAACAGACAUCCAUUUUCAUUUUCUUAACAAAGAGCUCAUAUGUUUUCUCUAAAAUUAACCCACUUAAAACAGACACCAGUUAAUACAGAUGGAUACUUUUUAAAAAUAGUCACCACAUCUCAUAAUAUAUUGCAUCAGAGAAAAUGCCAAAAAACAUAUGUAAAUUAGACCAGAAAAUUCCAAUAAAAAAAUUCCAAUUCUCAUAUUUUUCAUAGUUCAUUCAAAUUAAUUUUAUGAUUCUUUGGGUUUUUCCAGAAACCUUUCAGAUCAGUAUGAGAUUCUGGGAAAAUAAACUGCACUUGGGAUUCAUUGUUUUCUGUUUUCACUUAUUUUCAGCCAAAUAAGAUACACUGCUUUUCUAUAUUCUGAAAAACUUGUCUGGUGAGUUCAUCAUAAUGUAGUUCUUCGUAGUAAAGUGAUGUUAAAUGUUCCUUUUUUUGAGUCGGAGUGAUCUUCACACACUAUGAAAUUUUUAAAGUCAAGUUUGUUUGAUUUAAAAGUUUUAAGUUUUAAGUGUUUUCCUUUUGCAGGAGUGGUCUUGAACAAGAAGAUAUGCGCACACUAUACAAAUACUUAGUGUCAAGUUUGUUUCCUACCACAAACGACCUGGAGGUACUGUACUGCCCUUAUCAUUAAUUUGUACAAAAUUUAAGGUACAAAAAAACUUCAAAAACUCAUUAAUAAUUCAUUAAGAAAAAACAUGAAAGUAAUUAAUGUUUAAUAGGUGUUUUAUAUCUGAUUAAGACACGGCUAGACUUUAAUUCCAAUUUUUCAGACCAAAAUAACCCCAAAUCUAAAUAUUAGUGCAAGAAUGUGUUGAUCUAGAUCUUUGCCUCGAGUUUUUAAACCUGAUAACAGACUUUAGACUACGAGCAGUCUCUCUUUUUUCUUGGUCCGUCGAGCAAAACGUCCGAGACACGCAAAUGACCACGUGCAUGACUAAAGGCCUUCUUGGGCUGUGGCCCUCAUUUAUCAUGUCUUGCGGCUUCGCCGCUCAAUGCUCACACAUGAGUGCACUCCCCUUACUAAAUCUGAAGAAAAAGAGAGACUGCCGCUCGCAGUUCAAAUAGACUCCUGCUCAUUUUUUAAACAGUACUUCAUGGCUUUCUAACCCUGAAAGUAAAUGGAUUUUUUGCAGAGUAUAGAAAAUCCAAGAUCUCAAGGUUAUGUUGUUGUUCAGCCUAAAUCUCAUCAUGGAAGGUAUCUUUAGAAGUUUUGAAUCAAUACUACUCUAAAUGCAUUUUAGGCACAUUUGAAACAUCGAACUUCACAUGCUGAUUUUAAUGCUAAUGAGCAAGAUCUCUUGUUCUUGCUGAGUUGCUUAGAUCGAUUAGGCGCAUGUGAAGUUCAACGUUUGAAAGGGGUAUGAUGAUGAUGAUGAUGAUGAUGAUGAUACUGUAGUGACUGUAGUGUUGGUGGUGGUGAUCAGCGUGCAACAGUCGUGCAACAGCAUGCAACAGUCGUGGCUGAUAGCCCUGAGCUAGUGGAUUUUGCUAUCGGGGUAGUGAAUUCUGUUCUUAACUUGCCUAAUGAGCAAGUAAAUUUUUUGUUGCAGGGGGGGUGGGGGGAGAGGGGCGGGUUCACAUUACAGAAGAACUCUAAUCAAUGCUCAACAAAAGUAUUUUCAGACUUAGUGGAAGUGACUUUUGGGCUAGUACAUGCUAUCUACAGCUUGCCCAAAUGACAAGCAGUAAAACUGACUUUCUUUGCACCUGGUGGUGAUGGAGAUUAUGAUUAUGACUACAUUUAGCUCGUGUGAAGUUCAACAUUUCAAAUUGGCCUUUAUGAAGUGAUGUCAAUGAUGGUCUUAUUCAUUCAUUCACACACUUUUAAUGAUGACGAUAGCUUGAUCAUAUGGAGGUGGGAAUGGCUAUGCUAACAGUGGCGCUUGUGGUGUGAACGGUGAUGUUGUUCAGGCUGUUGUCCUGCAAGAUGCUCUACCUUACUCCAAGAUUCCCAUUCAGAGUAAGAAAAAAGUGAAUUAUUUCUCCUAUUUUCAGAUUCAUAACAGGUCCUACUGAAUUAGGAGAUGUACCAACACCAAGGACACCUCCCAAAAUAUUUGUUAAUACUGACUCUGAACAGGAGGAGCUGAUACUAGUGGUUUAUAAGGUAUGAUAGAAAAAACUAAGCUACUAUUCUUGCUCUGAUUGCUUGAAAAUGCUGCUGUUAAAUAUACUCAGUACUGGUAAUCUCACAGUAUAGUUAACUGUCAGGAUCAGUUAUUUAGACAAAGUCUAAGCUAGGCUGCCUUGAAAGACACCAUUGGACUUUCAGCUCUCUAAUCUCUUCAAUAAGUGGCUUAUUUUUAAGACGUUAAAUGUUCUUCCAGUCUACACUGUGUGUUUCCAUCACACUUUUCACCAUAAACGUUGAUUAGGCAAAAGCAUUAAGCAAACUGAAAAUGGUUUAGUUUCGAGUGUUUAACAUUUGCUAAAUUCAGUUAUUAAAAAUAGCCGGCCCUGAAACUUGGUCUUGUUUAUGUAUCAACAAUAGGAUAUUGCAAGUAAAUAAUCCUAAGUCGAGGCAUUACGCCUGAUGCUUCUGUAACUGAAUCCUGCUUGUUUGUUUGUUUUGUCAGGCUUUAGAGGCUACAAUAUGUUUAAUGGUCUCAGGUUAGUGAGAACAAAAUGCGAUAUAUCUAGAGCUUUUAUCGGAUGUUACAGAUAUUUUACUGUUUAAUAGCAUUUUAAGUAAUGUGACAAAAGAAAACAAAGAUUAAAGUUAUUCCAAUUAAUAGUGCAGUCGAUAUUCACCCAAAGAUGGACGAUUUAUUGAUUGCUUACCAGAAUCAAACCACCGGGAAUCGUUGAAAAAUUAUACAAACGUCACCCAAAAACUGAUCGCGUUCGCUCUGGAGAGGUCCUAGCUUUAAGGCUUUGUCUUGAUAAAAAUUUGGUGUUUUGUAUUGGUGGUCGCUCCGCACCACAGUUUUCACAUUGUUUUUCCCAGGUACGUGAUAGUUUCCCUAAUUCUGUAAUAAACUUUCGUACAGGAGUCGCCCCACCCUCUCCCCCUCCCUCCCCCCUCCCUUCCCCCCUCCCUUCCCACCCUCCCUGCAAGGGGUAAAAACGCCGUUUUUUAUGUUCUGUGUUUUGUUUAGGAGACGAAAGUUAAUCAUUGUUCGAUAUCCACAAGAUUGACGUUGGGAAUGGCUCAUUUUGCGUUUUUUCCCUAUUUAGGUCCUUAUCCUAGCAUGGACCUCUUUAGAAAAAUUGAUAAUUUUAUUGGCCCUCAACUUACAACGCUGGCUAGUGUGGUUGGUGAACAAAGUGCAAAGAAACAACAGAGGUAUCAAGUGGUUAAAGUAUUUCCUCAAGUGGAUUCAUAGACUUUUCGACCGAUUGAAAAUUGUCCACGUUUGAUAUAUUUCUAACGUGACUCCGAGGCUUUCUCGUAAUUUUUCCCUAUUUGGUGUGCUUAUCUUUGUGCUCAAGUCUUUUCUGGGAAUGUCGGGAAAAAUUUGCAAUUUUGACACUAAAGCAUCGGAGUCAUGUUAGCGUUUUAAUAUGUCGAACGUGGGCUAUUCGUGCCUUUAAGUGUUCAGUUCCCACGGAGCCACCUUAACCGUACAAAAAUUUAGACGGCUAGCCGUUUAAAGUUCCGUGUGAACAGAGCGAAAAUAUUGAACAGUCCCGUGUGGAGGACGUGAACACACGGCGACGACUUUCUUUUUCUUUUCCUGAACUUUGAUACAGCCCUUUUGAAUUCAUCUUCAGAAAACGAGAUGGAAUAAGGGAUAAAGUUUGAAGCAGCGCGAAUGCACUUUUUAAGCGACGUUUUGGUAGCCGUCGCCGUCGUUCUUGCUUAUUAAACUCCCUUAUACCGCUUAACAAUGCACAGACCACUUUCUCACGACAACUUGUUCCAAGUUUUCAAAUCUGAUUCAUAAACCCAGUAGGAAAACGUGCAGAAGACCUUUCGGCGUCUACGUCUUAGAGACGCGUCUGUUGGCCAGCGAACAGGCGCCUAUUCGUUUCGGAACAAACAGUGUAAGGAGGAAUGGCCGUUUUUAUGAGAGACACCGAUUACCUGUCUGUUAUAACAUUGUGCAAACAUAUGCACGUGCGUCGUAGUUUGUGUAGAUGUAGUUCAUGUGUCUUUUUCGACACCAGAGACCGAUGAAUAGGGAGUUUUCACAUUACGUUACGGUGGCCAUAUUGGUGUUCCAAAACAACGAAACAGCGGCCAUGUUGUAGCAUGCAUAACAAGCGUUUCCAGUCGAGUUAUUGUGCGAAAGUUGGAGCGAGAGCCAUAAAAAAAAGCGAAAGGGCGCGGAAACGCUUGCUUCAUGGGUUAGCCAUGUUGGUGUUCCAAACUUGAACUCUCUUAUUUAUGUAAACGUUGCAUUUCUCCUGGCCACUUGAGUGAAAACGCUCUUUACGAUCCUUGUUAAAAGUUAAGUUAAGCGAAAGUUAGUGAAGCUUAAUGUUUACUCACUUCAAUGCUUUUUUGCGUCCUUGAUUCUUCCCCAGCUCCGACCAGCAGUACCGAUAUCUGUACUUCAACCACAUGAACUUGGCCCAGAAGACUUCAGUCCACUCCAGAAGGUCCUCGCUGCCUAUCGUUGCUCCUGAAAUCAUGAGACUUAUGGGCGACAUAAGUGCGGACUUUGCAAGGUAUAGUCCUUGGAAAUAUUUGUUUUUCAAAUAUUUUACAAUAAGACGGCGAAAAUGUGGCCGCCUUGCUUAGCUUAGCUUAGCUUAGCUUAGCUUAGCUUAGCCGGCGCUUAGACCUCAGCAACUUCUGUUUUCAUCGAACGAACUCUCCAGGAGUUUCUACAAGCUGUUUUUCUUUUACGAACACGGUUUAAUUUUUUGGCACGUGCUGCACGUGCAUGCGCCCCUAUUUUACACGUGCGUUUGCCUUCCGGCUUUGCACGCUUGUUGAACAGUUUUUAAAAUCAUAACUUUGGCUCAGGCUACUUUCCUCUGUCUAUGUCGAAGCGUAAGAAUUUUUGUUUUGACGAAGUAAAGACUAGUUUCAUCAUUACUUUUGAACUGAAGUGGCCCACUUUAAUAGCUGGUCUAUCGGCAGGCAUGGUUUUGUUUUUGUUGUCUGUUGUGUCCCUAAAAUGAGGAUUCAAUGCAGUUUAAAAUCAAGGUAUACAACUUCGUCUCCGUCCAAAUUAAAUUGUCCUGCUAGUAAUACGGAGGUUAAAAUUUAAGCUAUGUUCAUACUUUUCUGGAUAGCUUUUGCGUCGGCGAGAAAACCAUACUAGAUAAUGUUUACAAUAAGAACGGUGAUUUCGACGCGAUUGCGGUAACGGAGCGAAGCUGCGCUGCGCUGACCUCUAAAGUGGAGAGUCACAUAUCGGAUAGGUGCUUGUGUCGGCACCAAAAGCUAUUCGCUAUAAACGGCACCCGACUUGCCCUCUUUGUUAAUUGUGAAAGCAAUAAAGGAAGUUUUUUUGUUACGCCUUUGUAGUUUCCAAGAAGAUGGUGAAACGUUUGUGAAGACCAUGUCCGAUUGUUGGAUCGUUGGACGAAAAUCAGAUCAGCGGGAAUUGUUUGUCAUCCUGAACCAAAAGAAUGCCAACCUUAUAGAGAUUGAUGGUGAGUGUAGUUUUACGCAAGAGACACCGGUUGUUUACCAUUUACAUGGGCAAACCGGCCAGUUCAAGGUUUGGGUAAAUGGUAAGCAAAAUUCGCCAAUCAUUUCCAUUAACCGAAAACGGCUGCGAAAGCCUGAAAUUGGUAUCAAAGGUGGCUUCUAAGAAAAGGAAGGGGUGAGGAUUUGAAUGGCCUCCCUUCAUUUGCACCCGCCACCCCUCUCCCUCUAUUAUGAGAAGUAAAGUUAGAAUCCCUAAAUAAGUGUUUAUUUUGUUUUCAUUUUGCAGAGGAAGUGAAAAGACUGGGUAUCACACAAUUCAACAACAUCUUUUUCUUGGACUAAUCGAAAGGAAUGAGGGAGAAAUCGUUUAGAAUCUUACUGGCCUCAGUUGUGCGUAACGCCGUCCAUUCACAACAUCUCCAUGACAUAAGCCUGGAUGCUUGGUUCUCUCUUCUUUAAGACAAAACUUUAAAACCCUUUGGAACUAGAUUUUUUACUAGAUUCUUCGGACGCACUUUUUGGCACAAAGAAUAGAAUAUUUGGCAAAACAGGUUGCCUAGUCUUUAAGCCUCAUUAUUACGCGCGGCCGAUGCGUUUUGGGUCACGUGGUCCGAGCGAGUCGGAUACGUCACCGAAAUGCACUGACCGAGAAGGUCUUUGAAGACGCCGUACAGGGACUAAUCAAGCAAAAAAAGUGAAAGUUCACCUAGGACAGAGCAUAGUAUUUCCUGUAAUAUUAAAAAAUAUAUA